AUGGUGUCGCCUCUGCCCUGUCUGUACAUUGUUCUCUGGGUAGAAAAUGCUCUAGGGAAACUUGAAGAUGAAGGAAACUUCUAUUCCAAAAACAUCAGUCGGAUCCUGGACAACUUGCUUGAAGGCUACGACAAUCGUCUGCGACCGGGAUUUGGAGGUGCUGUCACUGAAGUCAAAACAGACAUUUACGUGACAAGUUUUGGGCCCGUGUCAGACGUGGAGAUGGAGUACACGAUGGACGUUUUUUUCCGCCAGACUUGGACAGAUGAGAGGUUGAAGUUUGGGGGGCCAACUGAGAUUUUGAGUUUGAAUAACCUGAUGGUCAGUAAAAUCUGGACACCUGACACUUUUUUCAGGAAUGGCAAAAAAUCAAUUGCUCACAACAUGACAACUCCUAAUAAACUCUUCAGAAUAAUGCAGAAUGGAACCAUUCUAUACACCAUGAGGCUUACCAUCAAUGCUGACUGUCCUAUGAAACUGGUCAACUUUCCUAUGGAUGGGCAUGCUUGUCCACUCAAAUUUGGCAGUUAUGCUUACCCCAAAAGUGAAAUCAUAUAUACAUGGAAAAAAGGACCACUUUACUCAGUGGAAGUCCCAGAAGAAUCCUCAAGCCUUCUUCAGUAUGAUCUGAUUGGACAAACAGUAUCUAGUGAGACAAUUAAAUCUAACACAGGUGAAUACGUAAUAAUGACAGUUUAUUUCCAUUUGCAAAGGAAGAUGGGCUACUUCAUGAUACAGAUCUACACUCCUUGCAUUAUGACAGUCAUUCUUUCCCAGGUGUCUUUCUGGAUUAAUAAGGAGUCUGUUCCAGCCAGAACUGUCUUUGGAAUCACCACUGUUUUAACCAUGACCACUUUAAGCAUCAGUGCCCGGCACUCCUUGCCAAAAGUGUCUUAUGCAACUGCCAUGGAUUGGUUCAUAGCUGUUUGCUUUGCUUUCGUCUUCUCUGCUCUUAUUGAGUUUGCUGCUGUCAACUACUUUACCAAUCUUCAGACACAAAAGGCCAAAAGGAAGGCGCAGAUUGCAGCCUCACCACCAGUGACAAUAGCAAAAGCGACUGAACCCCUGGAAGCUGAGAUUGUUUUGCAUCCUGAUUCCAAGUACCAUCUGAAGAAAAGAAUCACAUCUCUGACAUUGCCAAUAGUUCCAUCCCCUGAGGCCAGCAAAGUCCUCACAAGAGCUCCCAUCUUACAGUCAACACCUGUAACCCCCCCACCCCUCUCUCCAACCUUUGGAGGUACCAGUAAAAUAGACCAGUAUUCUCGGAUUCUCUUCCCAGUUGCAUUUGCAGGAUUCAACCUUGUAUAUUGGAUAGUUUAUCUAUCCAAAGAUACAAUGGAAGUGAGCAACAGUGUGGAAUAG